AUGGCGGACCAGGACUUUGAAAAGACGGAACAGGCCGUCGCAGGAGGUAGCCCCGCCGUCAACGAGAAGAACAAUACGGCCGACUCAAGUACGGCCCCGCGAUCCUCGACCUCCACCGCCGCCGAUUCUGAACAGCAACGCGAGGAAGCUCGCCGCAACAACCCCGAUGGUUUCACCGCGAUCCACGCCGGUAUCUCGGUUCACCAGGCCGAGGCCGAGUUUGCGGAACUCCAGCGCGAGCUGUCUGGUCACUCACGCGCGAGCAGAGUGAACAGUCGCAACAGCCGUAGAAAGUCUGAAGAUGUCGAGAAGGCUGUCGCCAACGUCAACUCGGCCACACCUUCCUCCGAGACGGAUGGUGAGCAAUUUGACUUGGAAGCCGUCUUGCGCGGGGGCGUCGAGGCCGAGCGCGAGGCCGGCAUCAGACCGAAGCACAUCGGCGCCUACUGGGACGGGCUCACGGUCAAGGGCAUGGGAGGCACCACCAAUUACGUCCAGACUUUCCCCGAUGCUUUUGUCAGCUUUGUCGACUACGUGACUCCCGUCAUGAACCUCCUGGGCUUGAACAAGAAGGGUGUUGAGGCUACUCUGCUGGACAACUUCAAAGGUGUCUGCAAGCCGGGUGAGAUGGUCUUGGUCUUGGGCAAGCCUGGAUCGGGCUGCACCACGUUCCUCAAGACCAUUGCCAACUGGCGCGCCGGCUACACCAGUGUUACUGGCGAUGUGCUGUACGGGAAGUUUACAGCCGACGAGUUCAAGCAGUACCGAGGUGAGGCCGUCUACAACCAGGAGGACGAUAUCCACCACUCCACCCUCACCGUCGAGCAGACGCUGGGUUUCGCCCUCGACACCAAGGUUCCCGCCAAGCGCCCCGCUGGCAUGUCCAAGAACGAGUUCAAGGAGCAGGUCAUCUCCACCCUCCUGAAGAUGUUCAACAUCGAGCACACCCGCCACACUGUCGUCGGUGACGCUUUCGUGCGCGGUGUCUCUGGAGGAGAGAGAAAGCGUGUGUCGAUCGCAGAAAUGAUGAUCACCAACGCUUGCGUUCUCUCAUGGGAUAACAGCACCCGUGGUCUAGAUGCCAGUACGGCGCUCGAUUUUGUCAAGUCCCUCCGUGUCCAGACGAACUUGUACCAGACCACCACGUUUGUAUCUCUGUACCAGGCCUCCGAGAACAUCUAUAACCUCUUCGACAAGGUCAUGGUUAUUGACGCCGGAAAGCAAGUCUACCUCGGCCCCGCCACCGAGGCCCGCGCCUACUUCGAAGGUCUCGGUUUCGCCCCUCGCCCCAGACAGACCACCCCCGACUACGUUACCGGAUGCACCGACGACUUUGAGCGCGAGUACGCCCCCGGCCGUUCAGCCGAGAACGCGCCCCACAGCCCCGAGACCCUCGCUGAGGCUUUCAAGACUUCCAAGUUCCAGAAGCAGAUCGACAGCGAGAUGGAGGAGUACAAGGCGAGACUGGCCCAGGAGACGGAGAAGCACACCGACUUCCAGGUCGCCGUCAAGGAGGCCAAGCGCGGCUCUUCCAAGCGCUCCGUCUACGCUGUCGGUUUCCACCUGCAAGUCUACGCGCUCAUGAAGCGCCAGUUCGUCCUGAAGCUCCAGGACCGUUUGUCUCUGUUCCUCUCCUGGUUCCGCUCCAUCGUCAUCGCCAUCGUCCUCGGUACUCUCUUCUUCCGCCUCGGUUCGACUUCCGCCAGCGCCUUCAGCAAGGGUGGUCUCAUGUUCAUCUCGCUCCUCUUCAACGCCUUUGAAGCCUUCUCCGAGCUGGCGGGUAUCAUGACUGGACGUGCAAUUGUGAAUAAGCACAAGGCGUACGCUUUCCACCGUCCGUCGGCAUUGUGGAUCGCGCAAAUCAUUGUCGAUCAAGCCUUUGCAGCAAGUCGAAUCAUGGUCUUUUCCAUCAUCGUCUACUUCAUGUCUGGGCUUGUCCGCGAAGCUGGGGCAUUCUUCACCUUCUACCUCAUGAUUCUCUCUGGAAACAUCGCCAUGACGCUCUUCUUCCGAUGCAUCGGCUCCAUCAGCCCCGAUUUCGAUUACGCCAUCAAGUUCGCCGUUGUCAUCAUUACCUUCUUCGUCACCACCUCUGGUUACCUCAUUCAGUAUCAGUCUGAGAAGGUUUGGAUUCGCUGGAUCUACUGGGUCAACGCUCUUGGUCUUGCUUUCAGUGCCAUGAUGGAGAAUGAGUUCAGCCGAACCACGCUCGUCGAUGGCUCAGCGUACAUUGCUGCUGGAUACAACUACAUCAAGGGCGAUCUGUGGCGCAACUGGGGUAUCAUCCUGGCUCUCAUCGUCUUCUUCCUCCUCAUGAACGUCACCCUCGGUGAACUCAUCAACUUUGGGAACGAUGGCAGCUCGGCCAAGGUCUACCAAAAGCCCAACGCGGAGCGUAAGAAGCUCAACGAGGCAUUGAUGGAGAAGAAGGCAGCCAAGCGCCGCGGCGACAAGCAGGAAGGCUCUGACUUAAGCAUCAACUCGGAAGCCGUCUUGACCUGGGAGGACCUCAACUACGAUGUUCCUGUCGCCGGUGGAACCCGUCGCCUGCUCAACAAUGUCUACGGAUACGUCAAGCCCGGCCAACUCACGGCUUUGAUGGGUGCUUCCGGUGCCGGCAAGACCACUCUCCUCGAUGUACUCGCGUCUCGUAAGAACAUUGGUGUCAUCCACGGUGACGUCCUCGUCGACGGCAUCAAGCCCGGAAAGCAGUUUCAACGCAGUACCUCGUACGCCGAGCAGCUCGAUCUCCACGACCCGACCCAGACCGUCCGCGAGGCCCUCCGCUUCUCCGCCCUUCUUCGCCAGCCUUACGAGACCCCCAUUCCCGAGCGCUACGAAUACGUCGAGGAGAUUAUUGCCCUGUUGGAAAUGGAGCAUAUUGCCGACUGCAUCAUUGGCUCCCCCGAGUUCGGUCUGACCGUCGAGCAGCGCAAGCGUGUUACGAUCGGUGUCGAACUGGCCGCCAAGCCUGAGCUCCUUCUUUUCCUUGACGAACCCACCUCCGGUCUCGAUAGUCAGAGCGCCUUCAACAUUGUCCGUUUCCUCAAGAAGCUGGCCGCCGCCGGACAGGCCAUUCUCUGCACCAUUCAUCAGCCCAACGCCGCCCUGUUCGAGAACUUUGACCGUCUUCUGCUCCUCCAGAGAGGUGGCCGCACCGUGUACUUUGGUGAUAUCGGCCAGGACGCUGUCGUUCUGCGAGACUACCUCAAGCGCCACGGCGCCAUCGCCAAGCCCACCGACAACGUCGCUGAGUACAUGCUCGAGGCCAUCGGAGCCGGAUCCGCGCCCCGUGUCGGAAACAAGGACUGGGCCGACAUCUGGGACGACAGCGCCGAGCUCGCCAACGUCAAGGACACUAUCGGCCAGCUCAAGGAGCAGCGCAUGGCCGCCGGCCGGACCGUCAACCACGACCUGGAGAAGGAGUACGCCAGCCCGCAGUUGCACCAGCUCAAGGUCGUCGUGAACCGCAUGAACAUCAGCUUCUGGCGCAGCCCCAACUACCUCUUCACCCGCCUCUUCAACCACGUCGUCGUCGCCCUCAUCACCGGUCUCACCUACCUUCAACUCGACGGCAGCCGCAGCUCGCUCCAGUACAAGGUCUUCGUCAUGUUCCAGGUCACUGUUCUGCCGGCCCUCAUCAUCAGCCAGGUCGAGGUCAUGUUCCACAUCAAGCGCGCCCUCUUCUUCCGCGAGAGCUCCUCAAAGAUGUACAACCCCCUCACAUUCGCCGCCGCAAUCACCAUUGCCGAGCUUCCCUACUCCAUCAUGUGCUCCGUCGGCUUCUUCCUUCCGCUCUACUACAUGCCAGGAUUCCAGUUCGACUCCUCCCGCGCGGGCUACCAGUUCUUCAUGAUCCUCAUUACCGAGCUCUUCUCCGUCUCCCUCGGCCAGGCCUUGGCGUCCCUGACGCCCAGCCCCUUCAUCUCCUCGCAGUUCGAUCCCUUCAUCAUGAUCACCUUUGCCCUCUUCUGCGGUGUCACCAUCCCCGCCCCGCAGAUGCCUGGCUUCUGGCGCGCCUGGCUCUACCAGCUCGACCCCUUUACGCGUCUCAUUGGCGGUAUGGUCGUCACCGCGCUACACGACCUCAAGGUUGCCUGCUCCUCGGUCGAGUUCAACCCCUUCACCGCGCCGCCGGGUCAGACGUGCGGCGAGUACAUGCAGCCCUUCUUCGACAAUGGUGGCCCGGGAUACCUGGCCAACAACGAUACGUCGAGCUGCGAGUACUGCGCGUACAAGGUCGGCGACGAGUUCUACACGCCUCUGGGGCUCAACUUUGAUAACCGCUGGAGGGACCUCGGUAUCUUUUUGGCCUUUGUUGGCAGCAACUUGAUUAUCCUUUUCAUGGCGAGCAAGUUCCUCAACUUCAACCGCAGAUAA